AUGAAAUCGACUUUUUCUUUCUUUAACUUUUACCCUUUCUUUCCUUACUCUCUCCUUUUCUUUGAUCUUUAUACAUUUCUUUCUUACUUUUAUGAUUUUGCAUUUUUCUUCCUUUCUUUGUCUUUUUCAUUUUUUACUUUGUUUGAUUUUUGCCUUUCUCUAUCGCCAUCAGCUCUUUUUUUGUCUUUUGUAAUUUCUUUCAAACUGUCUUUGCAUUUCUUUUUCUUUCUUUCUUUGAUUUUUGCAUUUCACUUUUUUUUUUUUUUUUUUUUGAUUUUUGCAUUUCAUUUUUUUGUUUUUUUCUUUCUUUCAUUUUUGCAUUUCACUCUUUCAAACUUUUUCUUUCUUUCUUUCAUUUUUGCAUUUCACUCUUUCAAACUUUUUCUUUCUUUCUUUCAUUUUUGCAUUUCACUCUUUCAAACUUUUUCUUUCUUUCUUUCAUUUUUGCAUUUCACUCUUUCAAACUUUUUCUUGGUUUUCUUGGUUUUUUUGCAUUUCUUUCUUUCAAACUUUUUUUUUUCUUUCUUUCAUUUUUUGCAUUUUCAUUUUUCAAACUUUUUUCUUUCUUUUCUUUCUUUUUUGCAUUUCACAUUUUCAAACUUUUUUCUUUCUUUUCUUUCAUUUUUGCAUUUCAUUUUUUCAAACUUUUUCUUUUCUUUCUUUCAUUUUUUGCAUUUCCUCUUUCAUUUUUCAAAUUUUCUUUCUUUCUUUCAUUUUUCAUUUUUUUUUCAAAUUUUUUUUUUUUCUUUUCUUUUUUUUGCAUUUGAAUUCUUUCAAACUUUUUCUUUCUUUCUUUCAUUUUUGCAUUUCACUCUUUCAAAUUUUUUUUCUUUUUUUUUUCAUUUUUGCAUUUUCUUUCAAAUUUUUUUCUUCACAAAUUUCAUUUUUGCAUUUCACUCUUUUUUUUUUUUCUUUCUUUCUUUCAUUUUGCAUUAA